GGACGACCAUGUCCCCCAGACACCUUUCCUGCGUUACCCUUCUCUGCCCUUUGUCCCCUCACCCCUCUGUGGUGUGACCCCACACAUGACAUCCCACCCCCACACCCAUCCCCCCCAUCCCUGUCCCCCACACGGGCUGCCAGACCCUCCCUGUGCCCUCAGCCCUGUCUCUGUCCCCGCAGUGCCCGUGGCCAAUGCCACCAUCACCCCCGGUCCCCUGGCACACCAGGUGCACGCAGGUGACAACGUCACCCUGCACUGCUCAGUGCAGGUGGGCUCAGCCCCUGUCACCUUCACCUGGCUGCACAAUGGGCAGGAGGUGGCUCGGGGUCCCCUCCUGGAGCUCAGGGACAUCGAUGUGGGACAUUCGGGCACCUACCAGUGCGUGGCCACCAACCAGCUGGGACAGGACGGGCACCACGUGUUCCGGGCAUUCAGCCCUGAGCUGGCCCUGGAGGUGACACCUGGCUCACCCUGGGUCACAGUGGCCGCAGGGGUCAGUGGGGCCCUUUUGUUCCUGCUCCUGCUCGUGGGUGUCAUUGUGGCCUGGCACUGGUGGCACCGCCUGGCUGACAGGAAGAACCAGGAAAGGGACCCCCCAGAUCCCCUGGCUCCCCCAGAGGAGGGGCAGGUGCUGUACACCCACAUCGUGGUCACCAAGAGGGCAGGGGUGUCCCCCCGUGCCACCACCCUCCAGGAUCCCCAGGUGACCUACGCGGAGCUGAGGAGACACCAGGGGCGACGGCGGGAACCUGGUGACAUCUACAGGAAUGUGCUGUGACACUGGGGGGAACGGGGGGCACUGGGGGUUCCCACACAUGGGCACAACUCGUGUCUGUGCUGCCACCAAAAACUUCACCUCUCCCUCCCUGUGGGUGCACAAAGAUCCCAAAGGACUGAGAGAGGAACAAUCUCCUGAAACAGCAAUGAGAGAGAAUAAAACCAACAGCAACAGCAACAAGGUUCAGA